AUGGGACCUCUAUUGGCUGGUGUGCUCGGCUUCCUGGCGGUUGCAAGUGCGACGCCUCUGCUAUAUGAUGGGCGCGCUCCUUUCAAUCUGACGGAGAAUGACCUCAAUGACUCUCUCGGCCCGUACUUGACAGUCGUCAAGGGCAGCACAGAAAAUGCAUCUCACUAUUCGACCUUACUGGGGUUGGCCGUCCCGCCCACUCCGCUCUGGAAUGCGUAUGGUGUCGAGCCGAUUGAGCAGUCGAUAUCCAUUUCAAUUGAUAACACUUCCAUUUUCGUGCCAGGCAGCGGAGGUCCACAGUACGGAUUCCGGCGUACGGAAUUCAUAGCCCAAGCGAACGGGAACCACACAGCGCUGAAUGAGGUGCUGGACGUCGGCACUACGGUGUUCCAUUUCUCCAUCAUCAGGAAUGAUAUCCUGCCUUUGAAUUACUCGCAUGAGUACCAAAUCGUAUUCAUCGAACCUUCGGAUGGAACCCAUAUCUUCGGCAUCCAGCUAGGUUCGCCUUUCACGGACCCAACGGGACCGCUACCGGCAGCCAACGCCCACUCGCUCAAGCUCCUGGACCAUGCUCUGAACGUGCUAUACUCAGUACCCUUUACACCGCUAACGUGGCACAAUCUCGCGGUCCAGGUGGACUGGUCUAACCGCACAUUGUGUGGCUUGUACUCCGCGGAUGGUGCGCCGCUACAACAGGUCACCGAGGUGGCGCCCAAUUUGAGUGCGCCGACUGGUGCCGCUGGUCAGGGCGAUUACCACUUUGGCGUAUUGAAACUGCCCCUAGUAAACCCGAACGAUAGGCCUACUGAACAGACAGAUGUCGCCCACUAUGGCUUGCAAGAAGGAUCAAUGGAGGGUCUCAUCUACUCUGGCGUUUUCGUGGAGAGUUCAAGUGAUGGUAUUAGUCUGGGACACGGGCUUGUCUCCAAAUCCCAAUGCCACUAA